CAAAAGAUGGCAACUCAUCUCCCCAAGUCAAAGACGUCCUCUCUGCCAAUGGCGUGAAAAUGAGCCAUAAAUGUAGGCAAAUCUGGUUAAAAACACCCUUUUUCUGUAUUUUUCCACAACUGCAGUAUUUGAGAUUAAGUAUAUAUGGGGACAUAGCUUUACGGACGGAGAAAUGCUCUACGAAGUCUUGUCCUUAACAAGUGGCAUUCCCCGAAGAAGUACAAAUUAUAUAAAUCCACAGGUACAAUAAAUUAAGCUCAGAAAACAGAAAAGGAGUUGAAAAUGAAGCCCAAAAGUCUAUUUAAGCAAGCAUCGGAAGCAUUUGCAAAACAAGUUAUUAAUCGUUGCUUGCCAAGCCUAAGACGAUGUUGGGUCAACAGGCAGUAUUCUGUUAAUGCGAUGGAGAGCUCAGCGCAGGGACCAAGGAUCGAAGAAGCUAAGAAAUUAUUAGUUGAUGUGAAAUACUGGUACGACAAGAAUGAAUGGUUUGGCAAUCCACAUUCAGUAAUUCGCAUGCUUGUUGGAAGAGCUUUCAGUGACGUUCUUAGGGUCUUGCUCAUACACGACCUACCAGUACCGCUGUUCGUGUUCAUUUUGCAAGCAAUGUUUUGCAAUGAAGUGGAAUCCUUGUCCCCAAUUAUGUGUGAUCAUUUCACCAAAGCAGUCUCUCAAACAGUUGGCAAUUUUCUACAGGCCAUGGCACCCUUUGCACUGGAGACCUUACACACAACUUCUAUCCUUUUUGAUCAUCCUGUACCCAUUGUUAUAUUGUUACAAAACUCCCCAUACCUGAAGGAGAUACACUUACGUUACAACUUAAGUGACUACAUCUUGUUGCAGCUGAAAAAAUGGUGUCCACGUCUAGAGUUCAUAACGCUGAGUGGCAGGAAUAACAUCAGUGAGGAAUGCCUUUUCACAACCUUUUUCAAAGGUUUGAAGAAAGUGAAAGUGUUGGAAUAUGUGGACAAUAAAUCUGCUUGCCCUUUGUCAUUUUCCAAACUGAAGAGAGUCAAAUUAGAGUUGCACAGGAAGAACUUUGAUGAAUUCUUGUUUUUCCUUCAGUUUUUCUAUCCAGGUGUUCAGUGUAAUAUAAACAAAUUCAUAAGUGGAGCUGGGGUUUAUCCAGUGGUCUUCAAAUCACUGCUGGAUCCACCUGCUUGUUUAAAAGGAAAAGGAACAUUUAAAGUAGACACAGUUAGAUUUGCAGUUCCUCCAACUGCUGGUGCAUUAAAAGAGUAUGAUCCAACAGUUACUUAUUCUUUAGUGAGACAUUUCUCAUUUUCCUGCAGGGAUAUAAGUGCUUCCCAUUAUUCAGAAGCUCUGUCUAAGAUAAAAGAUCUUUUAAAACUAUUGGGAUGUUCUAGUGUUUUUCUUGCAAUAUAUCCCAAUGCUGUGAACACAAGUUUGAUAGCCACAGUACUCCUUGAAGAGUUGGGUCCUAAGUUAAAGGAAUUGCAUCUGUCUAUGUGUGUGCCUAUGGACGUUGAAACACUGUACAUGUAUCUUAAUGCUUGUCCAAAUGUAAAUUUGUUUUGCAUAAAAGCCACUAGGUUUAUAUUUAAUUCUCCUUAUACAAAAGCUCAUUUGAGAUCUCUUCAGCAUAUGGAAACAUUAAGUAUUGAGACUGAGUAUCCAGUGAACACUGACCAAUACACUCAAAAUAUUGAGAACAUAAUCCGUGCUGCACCAAGACUGACAACAUUGGAAUUGAUAGGACAGGAAAUCCACAAUACUGUGAGAAAUUUAGCGAUUUCAGGAAGACUCUCGGAGAUUAAGGUUCUUUCUCUGCAUUGGAAAAUAAUUGAAAUAUCUUUUGAUGACUGGAUAUUAAAGUUUUGCAUAUUUAUAGGAACUCAUCUUUCAUCCCUUAAAGUUCUCAUGUUAAGUCACUUUCCAGAAAUAUCUCUUUUAAGAUUUAAGGCUUAUUUCCAUUACACAGAUUUAGAAGUAGUGGAGAGAAGGCUUCCAUUUGUUUCUAAUAUAUAAAUUAAGGAAGACAAUAGGACAGUUGUCUUAGGGCGAUAGUUGUCCCAAGAUUUGUGAAAGAACAUACAUAGUAAUAUCAUGAAGAUAUUAUUGUAAGUUCUUUCUUUAAUAAUUGUAUAAAUAAUAAUCACUGCAGAUUAAACAAUAUCAGUAUUAAAUCAGAAAAUUGAGAAUAAUCAGUCAUUCAACCAAUGAACCAAAAAUUUCUGUUACGUUUUCUCUCAUGACUAUUUCUAUUAUUAUUUUUACCUUUCCAUUUUCUUGAUAAGGUCAGAAAUCUAGACUCCAAUAUAUGCUUUAGAUUUAAAUGGGAUAGCUGACGGCCUUGAAAUUAUUAUAUGUAAUGUAUUGUGUAGUUGCCUUGCAUACCUUUUUUUUUUAUAAUGUUACCGGUAAUAGUGGUGAUGAUGAUGAUUAUUAUAA